UAGAUGCCACCUUUCCCCCCUUGCUAUCCCAAUAUGUCAUGUGAUUCUACAAUCUGAUACAAGCAUGAAGUAGUUAUUGGUGGUACUUCACUUCCCCUCAUCACCUCAUGCAUGCAAGAUCCAUCCAAUGCAAUCCUCAUCAGUCAUCAUAUAUCUUCCGCCAACAAUGGCAUCACUAGGCAGUAGGCACCCACCUCGCUUGGAGCUAAGAGCAAUGCCACCAUAUCUACCUAGGAGCUCAUGGGGGCUCCCCUCCUCUCCUCUCUUGUGAGAUCUCAGCAUGCCAUCACCAUCAAAUAACACACUGAUCUCACCCUUCCCACUACAAAUAGCUACUCGAUCGAUCUCACCACCGCAGAGCUUAACACCACCAGCAGAGUAGCAGACCGCGGCAGCCAUGGAAGGCGGCUCCCGUGCCAACCUGCUCGGCCAAGCUGGAGACGAGCAGUCCAGGAGCGUCGUCAUGGCCGGCGCCGGCGCCCUGACGGUGGCGAGGGACUACCGGAGGGGGAACUGGACGGUACCGGAGACGAUGCUGCUGAUCGAGGCGAAGCGGAAGGUGCACGGGGAGCGGCACCCGGGGGACCAGGGCCUGGCGCGGUGGCGCUGGGUCGAGGACUACUGCUGGCGCGCCGGGUGCCGGCGCAGCCACAACCAGUGCAACGACCGCUGGGACAACCUCAUGCGGGAUUACAAGAAGGUGCGCGCCUACGAGGCAGCCGGCGGUGGCGGUGGCGGUGGCGCCGGCAGAGCGCCCAGCUACUGGGCGAUGGGCAGGGCGGAGAGGAAGGAGAAGGGCCUCCCUAGCAACCUCCUCCGGGAGAUAUACGACGCCAUGGGCGAGGUCAUCGAGAGGAGGAUGAGCACGGGCGGCAGCGGCGGUGGUGGCAGCAGCGGCGCAGGCGGCGGGUUCUUGGGGGCGUCCUCUAGCCUCCUCGAUGUCCCCAUGCAGGCCUCCCCGCUGGCUCAAGUCCUGCCACGACCUCUACCUCUAGAACAAGAGACGCGGCAUCACGGGCACGGCGCAGCGCAUUUCAACCCCGAGUCGCCGGAGAGGAAGAGGAGGCGGCCGUCGCUGGACGAGCUGCGGCCAGGGACAGGGAGCAGCACGCCGCCAGCGCCCGGAACGCACGGCCAUUACCGCCAAGAACAAGGGCACCGCCACCGCGAGGACGACGACGAUCACGGCGGCGGCGACGAGAGCUCCGACUCCGAGUGCUCCGAUGACGACGACGGCGACGAGGUCCUGAGCGGCGCGAUCGGGCGGUGCGCGGCGAUCCUGUCGGAGGCGCUGGAGAGCCGGGAGGCCGCGGAGGAGCGGCGGCACCGGGAGGUGAUGGCGGUGGAGGAGCGGCGUGGCCGCGCGCGGCAGGCGCGCCGCGAGGCCGGCGAGCAGUGCGUGGCCGGGCUCGCCGCCGCCGUCAACCAGCUCGCCGGGUCCAUGCUGGCGCUCGCCGCCGCCAAGCACAAGGGCAAGGGCGGCGGCCACGCGGCGCCCAAGUGAGACCACAGGUCUCGUCUCGCAUGAUGAUGCCGCCGUGCCGUGCCGGAUGCUGCUGCUCCGAUCGGCGCACGCGGCGGGCCAUCGAGUGGGCGUCGACCACAGAUCGAGAUCGUCUGGCAGCCAGGGUGACCAGCUCGCUCCCGUCGCGCAGCUCGAGACCGUCAGCGCGUGUGCGCUGCCCUGCGGCGAGUCCGAGACGCCUGGGGUGGCUUCGGCAUGCAUGUGACUAGCUCGCUGGGUUUUGCUUUUCUGAACUUGUGAUCGUCCUGAACCUGACAGGUCUAGACUACUGUCGUAGGAUGCAUUCAUGCAUGGUAGAGACUCUGAGAGCUUUUGCUUAUCUACUGGAGUGCCUCGGUUAAUUUAUGUUGUCAAAAAACUGGUUCAUGGUUACUCCUAGUUGGCCAUUUAAA